AUGGGCAACAUCUUUGGAGGCGACAAGAAGAGGGAGAUCACUGAUGUCGACAGGGCAAUCUUGUCCCUCAAGACUCAGCGGCGCAAGCUUGAUGACCAGCGGAAGAGGACAGACACACUAAUAGAGAGGGAGGCAGUGGUGGCAAGGACACUUGUGGCUCAAGGAAAGCGGGACCGAGCCCUCUUGGCGCUCCGCAAGAAACGAUUGCAUGGUCAGCAGCUGGAAUUUUUGGACAAGCUCGUGCUCAAUGUGGAGGAAACGGAUGUUUCCCUGGAGGAUGUGGAGCAGCUCAUGUCCGACACCGCAGAAGCCAAGGAGUAUGAGACGAGGGUCCAAUCUAUGUUUGGGGAGAGCUGGACCGGGGUGGAUGAGGAGGCGGCGCACGCAGAGCUGGCAGAGAUGGAGGCGCAGCUGCUGGACGAGGAGGUGCUGGACCUACCCAGCGUCCCCCAGACAAAAGUUGCUGACGCGGCUGCAGUGCCAGGGCCGCCUGCCCAGGUGGAGGCCCUCGCCGCGACGCCCAGGGAGGAUCGGCCCGAGGAGCCCCUCCCUGCCUGA